CGGCAUGCAGCGCGGCCGCCAGCCCCUAGCCGCCAUGUUGUCGGAAUGAAAGCUCCCGGAGCUGGAGAGUUUUGGGGCUGAAAUCCGUUGCCAUCCACCUCCUCUGCCUGUGCAGGGGGAAUGAGCGUUGCCUGUGUGUUGAAGAGGAAAGCUGUGCUCUGGCAAGACUCUUUCAGCCCCCACCUGAAACAGCCCCCCCUCGACGCCAGCCUUCCCAGCAUGCCCGUGGUGCUGACAGCAGGAUCGGGCGCCCCCCAGGUGGGCCACGCCCCACAGUCCGCCCCACCUGGCCAGGCAGGAGGGGCGGGGCGUUCCCAGGACGACGCCAUGGUGGACUACUUCUUCCAGCGUCAGCAUGGGGAGCAGCUGUGUGGGAAACAGCGCUGGCCCACCGGCGACCACACCCACUCUGACAGCCAGGUGCGGUCAAUGGAUGAGCUGAACCAUGACUUCCAGGCACUGGCACUAGAGGGGAGAGCCAUGGGGGAGCAGCUGUUGCCAGGGAAGAAGUACUGGGAGGCGGACGAUUCGGCGAAAGAUGGACCAAAAGGCAUCUUCCUGGACCAAUGGCGGGACAGCGCCUGGGGGGCGUCAGAUCACUCUGUGUCGCAGCCCAUCAUGGUACAGCGGCGGGCGGGGCAGGGUUUCCAUGGCAGCAGCGAGGUGGGGGCGGUGCUGUCUCCGCGGUCGGAGAGCGGGGGGCUGGGCGUCAGCAUGGUGGAGUACGUCCUGAGCUCCUCCCCCGCGGAAAAGCUGCACUCCUGCCUGCGCAAGGGGGCCUUCGGUUCGCGGGAUGGGGAGGGGGAAGGGGAGGAGAAACGUGAUAAAAAGGCCAAAUCCUCCUUUGACUCCGAGACACUCAGCGAGCUGAAGGAUGCCGAGAGUGAUGUCAUCGACAAACCCAACGGACUUCCUGUGCAGAAUGGAAUCGAUGUGGAUGUCAAGGACUUCAGUCGCACCCCUGGAAACUGUCCUGUGCCGGGAGCAGAGGUGGACCUGCUGGGGGCGGGGCAGGGCGGGGCUGAGAGCCUAUCCCAGCUGGCCAGCAGCAGUGGACCCAAGCCAAUAGAGGAUUUUGGAGGGGUGGAGUCGCAGAGCAUGCCCCUGGACCACAUGGAGUCGGUGGGGAUGGAGCCCCUGCAGUUCGACUACUCCGGAAACCAGCUGCCCAUGGACUCCACCGCCGCUGUCGGCCUCUUUGACUACAACUCCCAGCAGCAGCUCUUCCAGAGGCCCAGUGCACUGGCUCUUCAGCAGCAGUACACCCUGGCAGCUGCUCAGCAACAGCACAUUGGCCUGGCCCCGGCCGCGUUCAUGCCGAACCCUUACAUCAUCAGCACCGCCCCGCCCGGAACAGACCCCUACGCUGCUGGCCUGGCCGCCGCCGCCACUCUGGGCCCGGCUGUAGUGCCCCAUCAGUACUACGGCGUGACUCCCUGGGGGGUGUACCCCGCAAACCUCUUCCAGCAGCAGGCCGCUGCUGCAGCCGCCGCCUCCAGCUCAGCCAAUCAGCAGGCGGCAGGCCAGAACCAGCAGAGCCAGCAGCAGGUACUGCGUGCAGGAAGUAACCAGCGACCUUUGACCCCAAACCAGAGCCAGCAGGGCCAGCAGACGGAGCAGCUGGUUGCCGCGGCAGCUGUGAACUCUGCGCUGGCGUUUGGGCAGGGCCUGGCUGCUGGGGUCCCUGGGUAUCCGGUGCUGGCUCCCGCUGCCUACUACGACCAGACGGGGGCGCUAGUGGUGAACACAGGAGCACGCAGCGGACCUGUCAGGCUCAUGGCCCCCGCUCCUGUCAUCAUCAGCCCCUCCGCCGCACAAGCAGUAGCAGCAGCAGCUUCUGCGAAUGGGCCGGGUGGGGGCAUGGGGCCGGGUGGGGGUAUGGGGGCGGGAGGGGGCAUGGGUGCAGGGGGCAGUGGGCCAUUUCGGGCUCUUGGGUCCCAGCAGCAGCAGCCGAGCAGUCUGGCCUCCAGCUCCUUCUACGGCUCGCAGGCCCCGCCCCCGGCCCAGGCCCCGCCCCCAGCCCCGCCCAGCUCCCAGAGCAGCUCUCUGUUCUCGCAGGGCUCGGCCCAGCACGGCGGGUCCUCUCUGGGCUUCGGCUCCUCCUCCUCCCUGGGGCCCGCGCUCGGGGCCGCGCUGGGGGGGUUCGGCACUGCGGGGGCCUUCCCCAGCCCCUCCCACCCCUCCGGCCAGCGCACAGUGGCGAGCUCCAGUACAGGAGGAGGGUCUCGGCGGGACUCUCUGACGGGCGGGUCAGAGCUCUACAAACGCGCCCCCAGCAGCCUCACUCCCAUUGGCCACGGCUUCUACAAUGGGCUGGGCUUCUCCUCCCCCGGGCCAAUCGGCAUGCCCCUCCCCAACCAGCCCCCAAGCCACUCCCUAACCCCGCCCCCUUCCCUCUCCACCCACGGGUCCUCUUCCAGCAUCAACCUGGGAGGCCUGACCAAUGGGAGCGGGCGGUACGUCUCGGCGGCGCCAGGGGCGGAGGCGAAGUUCCGGAACGCGGGCGGCGGCUCCAGCCUGUUCAGCCCCAGCAGCCAGCUCUUCCCGUCGUCACGGCUACGCUACGGCAUGUCGGACGUGAUGCCGUCCGGUCGCAGCCGGCUGCUGGAGGACUUCCGCAACAACCGCUAUCCCAACCUGCAACUGCGCGAGAUCGCCGGCCACAUCAUGGAGUUCUCCCAGGACCAGCACGGGUCCAGGUUUAUCCAGCUGAAGCUGGAGCGGGCCAGUCCUGCAGAGAGACAGUUGGUGUUCAGUGAGAUCCUGCAGGCAGCAUACCUGCUCAUGGUCGACGUCUUUGGGAACUACGUCAUCCAGAAGUUCUUUGAGUUUGGCAGUUUGGAUCAGAAGCUGGCUUUGGCAGAGCGUAUCAGGGGCCAUGUUCUGUCUCUGGCUCUGCAGAUGUACGGCUGCAGGGUCAUACAGAAAGCCCUGGAGUUCAUCCCCUCUGAGCAGCAGGUCAUCAGUGAGAUGGUGCGGGAGCUGGACAGCCAUGUUCUGAAGUGUGUGAAGGACCAGAACGGGAACCACGUGGUGCAGAAGUGCAUCGAGUGCGUCCAGCCGCACGCCCUGCAGUUCAUCAUCGAUGCCUUCAAAGGCCAGGUGUUUGCUCUGUCCACACACCCGUAUGGCUGCCGGGUGAUCCAGCGAAUCCUGGAGCACUGCCUCCCUGAACAGACGCUGCCUAUCCUGGAGGAGCUGCACCAACACACUGAGCAGCUAGUGCAGGAUCAGUAUGGGAACUACGUUAUCCAGCACGUUCUGGAACACGGCCGCACGGAGGACAAGAGCAAGAUCGUGGCCGAGAUCCGAGGGAACGUGCUGGGCCUCAGCCAGCACAAAUUCGCCAGUAAUGUGGUGGAGAAGUGCGUGACGCACUCGUCCCGCGCGGAGCGCGCCCUGCUGAUCGACGAGGUGUGCAGUCCGAACGACGGGCCCCACAGCGCCCUCUACACCAUGAUGAAGGACCAGUACGCCAACUACGUGGUGCAGAAGAUGAUCGACAUCGCUGAGCCCACACAGCGCAAGAUCGUCAUGCACAAGAUCCGGCCCCACAUCGCCACUCUGCGGAAGUACACGUACGGCAAGCACAUCCUGGCCAAGCUGGAGAAGUACUACAUGAAGAAUGGGGUGGACCUGGGGCCCCUCUGUGGGGCCCCCAAUGGCAUUCUGUAACCCCUCACCCCCGUCGCGCUAAACCCCACCCCCAUCACCUGCCAGUCACCUUACACCCCACCCCCAUCACCUGCCAAUCACCUUAAACCCCACCCCCAUCAC